CUGAGCCAGAGACUUCCAUAGAACGAGGCUCUGUACUGUAGCUCCUUUAAAACGCAGAAGGGUUGCUUUACAGGUGUUAGUUUUAAAGUUCCUAUCUCUUAAAUUGUAUCUCAUCAGUUUUAAUUAUAGUAAUGACUCAAAAACAUCAGCAGGUGUCCAGAACUGCGGCCGACUCUGGAGAUCCCAAAAUGAACAAAUCAAGGUUCCGGCUCCCAAGGCCUUCUUAGCUGGGUGUGUGGACUUGAAGUAUUGCCGUGCUAAGCACUGAGCCGCCCAAAGUGAGAGAGGAGUAUGUGCACUGAUGUGGUUUGAGGCCCACCUGCAAGAGCUCCUCUGUGCAAACCCAUUUAUCCCCAGAGAAAAUAUUCAAUGGCUGUAGCUGGAUGAGUUCUCAUCUCUACUGUAUGCAGCCAAGCCCAACUAGGUCUCUAGGCCAUCUGGAUGCCACCCACUGAGAGUCUUUUCAGGACUUAGCGAUUUGGUACUGCUUAUUUCCACCUUCUCUGAGAAUGGAGCCUCAGAGUAGAGACCAGAUUGAAAAGUCUGAAAACUCUCUUUUGCUUCUGGAGCCAUGAAAGCAGGAUCUCUUCCAGGAUGCCACAGUACAGUUGAUGGUCAUAUCUCCUCUUGGCUGUGACAGUUACUCAGACUUUCCUUAUUUUUGAUGACCUUGACAGUUUUUUUGAGGAGUACUGGUCAGGGUCAGUUUUGGCUGAGGAAUGAAGACAAUGGCCACCACAUUCCAAGAUACCACCAGGACAGUAAUUCUCAGUUGACUGUGGAAAACCUGAAGGGAAGAGUCACUGACAUGGAAGGAGUACCUAUUCACACUGGACAAUCUGCUCCUUGGAGAAAUCUUGAGGAACAUUGUUUUAAGAUAGCUGAUCAGCUUCCUUGGAUUUUGCUGAUGACCCAGGAGAGCUUUGCCUGAAGAUGGAAACGCUGGAGUCGGAGCUGACCUGCCCUAUUUGUCUAGAGCUCUUUGAGGACCCUCUCCUGCUACCCUGUGCACACAGCCUCUGCUUCAACUGCGCCCACCGCAUCCUGGUGUCACACUGCGCCACCAACGAGUCCGUGGAGUCCAUCACCGCCUUCCAGUGCCCCACCUGCCGACAUGUCAUCACGCUCAGCCAGCGAGGUCUAGACGGACUCAAGCGCAACGUCACCCUGCAGAACAUCAUCGACAGGUUCCAGAAGGCAUCCGUGAGCGGGCCCAAUUCCCCUAGCGAGACCCGCCGGGAGCGGGCAUUCGACGCCAACACCAUGACCUCCGCUGAGAAAGUUCUCUGCCAGUUCUGUGACCAGGAUCCUGCCCAGGAUGCUGUGAAGACCUGUGUCACUUGUGAAGUGUCCUACUGUGAUGAGUGCCUGAAAGCCACUCACCCAAACAAGAAGCCCUUUACAGGCCAUCGUCUGAUUGAGCCAAUUCCGGACUCGCACAUCCGGGGGCUGAUGUGCCUGGAGCACGAGGAUGAGAAGGUGAAUAUGUACUGUGUGACCGAUGACCAGUUAAUCUGUGCCUUGUGUAAACUGGUUGGGCGGCACCGAGAUCAUCAGGUGGCAGCUUUGAGUGAGCGCUAUGACAAAUUGAAGCAAAACUUGGAGAGUAACCUCACCAGCCUUAUCAAGAGGAACACGGAACUGGAGACCCUUUUGGCUAAACUCAUCCAAACCUGUCAACACGUGGAGGUCAAUGCAUCACGUCAAGAAGCCAAAUUGAUGGAGGAGUGUGAUCUUCUCAUUGAGAUCAUUCAGCAGAGACGACAGAUUAUUGGAACCAAGAUCAAAGAAGGGAAGGUGAUGAGGCUUCGCAAACUGGCUCAGCAGAUUGCAAACUGCAAGCAGUGCAUCGAGCGGUCGGCGUCCCUCAUCUCCCAGGCGGAACACUCUCUGAAGGAGAAUGAUCAUGCGCGGUUCCUACAGACAGCUAAGAAUAUCACCGAGAGAGUCUCCAUGGCAACUGCAUCAUCCCAGGUCCUAAUUCCUGAAAUCAACCUCAAUGACACAUUUGACACCUUUGCCUUAGAUUUUUCCCGAGAGAAGAAAUUGCUAGAAUGUCUGGAUUACCUUACAGCUCCCAACCCUCCCACGAUUAGAGAGGAGCUCUGCACCGCUUCCUAUGACACCAUCACCGUUCAUUGGACCUCUGAUGAUGAGUUCAGUGUGGUUUCCUAUGAGCUCCAGUACACCAUAUUCACCGGACAAGCCAACGUUGUUAGUCUGUGUAACUCUGCCGACAGCUGGAUGAUCGUGCCCAACAUCAAGCAGAACCACUACACGGUCCAUGGUCUGCAGAGUGGCACCAAGUACAUCUUCAUCGUCAAGGCCAUCAACCAGGCAGGCAGCCGCAGCAGCGAGCCUGGGAAGUUGAAGACAAACAGCCAGCCAUUUAAACUGGACCCCAAGUCUGCACAUCGAAAGCUGAAGGUGUCCCACGAUAACUUGACAGUAGAACGUGAUGAGUCAUCCUCCAAAAAGAGCCACACGCCCGAACGCUUCACCAGCCAAGGGAGCUAUGGCGUAGCUGGAAAUGUGUUCAUUGAUAGCGGUCGGCAUUACUGGGAAGUGGUCAUAAGUGGGAGCACAUGGUAUGCCAUCGGCCUUGCUUACAAAUCAGCCCCGAAGCAUGAGUGGAUUGGGAAGAACUCUGCUUCCUGGGCCCUGUGCCGCUGCCACAAUAACUGGGUGGUGAGACACAACAGCAAGGAAACCCCCAUCGAGCCAGCCCCCCACCUCCGGCGUGUCGGCAUCCUGCUGGACUAUGACAAUGGUUCCGUCGCCUUCUACGAUGCUUUGAACUCCAUCCACCUCUACACCUUCGACAUCACCUUCUCGCAGCCUGUGUGCCCCACCUUCACAGUGUGGAACAAGUGCUUGACCAUUAUAACUGGCCUUCCCAUCCCAGACCAUCUGGACUGCACAGAGCAGGUGCCAUGAGCAGCUGGCCACAUGGAGCUGCUUUCUGGGGCAUAAAAGGGUCACGGCCACCAUUUCAGGGACGGAGAAAGCACAGGCUUCCAGAGUGUGAUUAAAUGUCGCCAAAAAGUGUCCAGAAACAUCGGCUAGGAUAGGACUCAACAUUACUGUCUUUUGUAUUAAGUACACGCUUUAAUAAUUUCUUCAAAUUUGUCCUGUGUUUGCAGGAAAUUUUAUAGAUUAUUUAUAAAAGAAACAUAACCAGAAUUACAACUCUUAGACAUUAUCUGGUUUUGCACAUUAAGAGGCCCAGAAGUUUACCAGCUCUUUACAACAACCUUUGUGUCAUCACGCUCUGUGGGCUUGAGAAAAAAAAAAUCUUCUGUAGUUUUGUACGCUUAUUCAGCUUCUCACAUCGUCGUAUCUCAUACUGACCCCAUCUUGGGUCCUGUCGCCUCGACAGUGCAUAACAGAAUAUGCAGUUACCUUAAAAAUAAAAAAUAGUUUUGAACCUAGUAGGGCAGCAACCGGGCUUUCUUAGUCUGCUUUAUUUUGAAGUGUUUUCAGUGUGAUGUCAAAACCGUCUUGGAUCAACUAGAAUGGAGAGCAAGAGGGAGAGCGGAAAGAAUUGACUUUAAGAAUUGAUGUUAAGAAUGAGCUUGCCAUUGAAAAUAGUCACUUUGAUUAUUCAGAACAUCAGAGGCUGGUUUGUCUUUGAUCGGAAGUAGGGUUCUGUUUCAUGACCUAAAUCUAUUUCCUUCUUCCUUUUAAUAGUUUCUUCAGGCCUGUGACAUUGCUUUGCUACAUUUGGUAGCUGUCCUGUCUCCCUCUCCCCCAACUCAUUUUUCUUUUGUUGCUGGGGCUGAGGAAGUAAACAUUUUGUGUUACAAAUGGCAGUACCACUUUGGAUUGACUUUGCUCUCCAGGACAUCAACACAUGGCCCUGACUGUCUCUAUCACGUCCAAAUAGGACUCACCCAAAAACACUUAAUAUUUGUGAGUUGGUAAUGACAAGGGACAUUGCAUACUCUUUACUAGUAUAUGUGCCUCGAAAGUUAUAAACAGACUUUUAUUAAACACGUCUCGAAAGAUGUAGCAGUCCCUCUGUAUUCUAGUAUAGUUCACUAUAGAGUUGUAAAACAAAAAACAAAAAAACAAAAAAACAAAAACAAAAACAAAAAAAGAACAAAACAAAACAAAAAAACCCAAAAAAAAUCAAACUCACUAAUCCCGUGCUGGAACCCGCUAAUAGAACCUGCUGAUGGAAUGUCGGGUGGGAUUCUGGACCUGCUGAUCUGGUAAGAUGGAAUGGUCCAUGAAGUAAGGCUUUCUUAAGCAGUCCUUGGAUUUGGACCGGGAAUCCAGCAUUGGUUCUAUCUUGACAAAGGGCAUGACAUCUGUAAGUCAUUUCGUUUGCUAAAAUAUUUAUCUGAGCUACUGGGUUGGCCAUUUUGACUGAACGGACUGAUGGAUUUAGGCAUUGUUUUUAGCAGUUGGUUUUUAACCAAAUCAACCCAUUGUCUCCCUGAGAUCCGUCCAUAGACCCGCUGUUUCAGCAUCGUGCUGUAUGAGCACCAGCCUGGACUCCAUGGGUUGCAUCAUGCAUGCUUCUGUCCUCUUCACUGGCAGACGCUCUCCUUUUUCUGAACAGAUAGAGUUUAUAUAUUUACUAUAUUAUUUAUAUCCAGAUGAAUAUUUUGAUAGCUACUUAGGACAAUUUCACAUCUAAAAGAUGGACACCUCAAUGGAAAAAAAUCAGUCUCUGGAAACUUAAUGUUUGUUUGUUUUUUUUACAGUAUAAAAACAAUGUGUAUUUGCCUUCCCUGAACAAACUGAAAGGGUUGUAAUUUUUACAUACUGUUUUUGGUAGCUGGAUAACGGAUAUUUUAAUGCACUUUGUACAGUAACAGUUUUGAAUAAAAGGGUCUAAAACUCAGCUUCUGAGUUUUUAAAAUCAUGGUCGCCAGGUACCAGUAAACGCUACAGUUUGCCUUAUGACAUCCAUGUAAAGCAUUUACGAGGACAAUAUUUCCAUGAAUAUAAUGUUUUUCAAUAUAAAGAAGCUACUACUCAAAUUUUCACUGCAAGCCAUUUAGUUUAUGUUUUGGCUAUUUUUAUAAGGACGAGAGGGAUUAUGUUAUAUUUUAGUUGUGGAAGUCUCACUCUUUGCUAACUUAAAAACCUUGUGGAUAGUAGCAGUUACUAUUUCCCUGUUGUCCUAUUUACAGGAAAAUAUGUAUAUGGUGAAAGGCCACAGUGUUUACUUUCAUUACUGUAAUGAUGUAGAAAAGAUUUCCGCGUGGGUUUUUUUUUUUUUUUUGAAAGUCUAAAAAAUAUAUGCUAUAAACAUUUGCUGCAGUACAAUUCUUUUUAAGUGGACUGGGGUCACAGUAUUUUGUUCUUGAGGUCUCUACUUCACAGGAAGCAUUGCGACACAGGGGAGAAAGAGAUAGCAGGGCCGGUUACAUUAAUACAGCCAAAUUGAUGUGGCGCCAACCAAGGCUGCCAGGUCUGACGUCGUGCGUGUGUGAAGAGGUGCUGUCGCCAUCUUGAAAUUCUUAGUAAUUUUUGAAUAGGGGGCCUGCAUCUUCGUUUUGCGCUGGGCCUCAAGAAGUCUAUAGCCAGUCCUCGUAACAGAACUCAGAAACAUGGUACCUCUCUUCCUGGUGGAUACAAAUGAAAAAACCUGGGUCCAAUGUCAAAAGCGGCUGGCCAUAUAAUUCAAGUAGGAAUCCAAAUGGAUUAAGAGGAGAAUGGGCGUGGGUGAAGAUGUUCUUCCCAGCUUGAAAAAAAAAAAAAAAAGACUUCAAAAA